AUGUCUCAGGUCAAGAUUGGGGUUGUCCAGCAGCCCCUCCCCCUCCCUCAUUUGUUGGCUCAAGUCUCUUCCCACUUCAUUAGGAUAUAUGGAAUCGCCUUAAAAUGGACUCUUUCCCGUCGUCCGAAAUUUUAUUUGGGGCAUGGUAGGAUUAUUUCCGACAAUUUUGAAGCCUGGUCAUGUGAGGCUUGUUUGGUAGGCUUCUACAAACUUCCCUUCCUGCUUGAUGUAGGGGACAAACGAGUCGCCUCACCAUCAACCACGUCAAACAUGAUUAAAAUUUGCUCCUUACCCAGUUCGAACGCAGCAAUGGAGAAUCAAGUGGCUGUCAAAGAUAGGGAGCUAAAAUCGUGCACUCGUCGAUCGGAGGAGCUCUCAACCAAACUCGACACUAUUCGCAAGUGGUGCGAAUGGCUCGUUCAACCACCGAACUCACAACUAGCUCGGCCCGAUCGAAGUCCCUACUUUGAGACCAAUGAGGCCAAAUUCGCGCUGCACAGUAGUCGGUGCUGUGAUUUAUUGUCCCUCCUAAUAUCCUCCUCCCAUGGAAUCCCAUUGAGGGACAGACGGUUAAUCAUUAUUGUUGAAUUGGGGCUUCUCUGUAAUAGCGUGGAGGGGCUAUCGUCUGGGCGUCAUUCAAGCGCAGGUGCUCAAAAACGGGAUUUCACACCCACACCUUCGCCCCGAUUAAACCGUCCUGCCUCUGCACCAGUUGAUAAAGACGCUCCUGCUGCAGCUGUCGCCGCUGGCACUACCAAGCUCUCACCUCCACCACCCCGCCCAUCCCUCCCCGCUCCCAGUCCCAUCCUCCACAAGGCGCGUUUUGCUUCUCGUAAGGAGAUAAACGCCACCUACCUCACUCCACCUCAGUGGCGUAACGAACACACCGAUGAGUACAAACGCACUGCUAGUGAGAACCUUCAGGCUCAGCUCGCGUCGCAGCAGCUACAGAGUAUCGAAGUUCUCCUACCCGAAGCGAAACGGCUAUCCCUCACCGAUGCACCGAGCAGUGUGUCCGAGGUAGCUAUUCCCUACUCCGAAGAAGACUCAACAUCAGCCGGGUCUUCAAGCAGUUCUUUAGAGACUCCAAAACCAGUGAGAAAGGUGAUUGGAGGACCUGGAUCCCGUGUUGUUGACGGAAGUGAGGAUAGUGCAAUUGCAGAUACGGAUGGAUCGCCGAUUGUGAGUCAAGAGUCACCAAAAAAGGUGCGAAGUGAGGAAGGGCUUAACGCGGGUACGAAACCGAUUCUCCGAAAGGCUGUGGGGGAUGGCGAGGAGGUGGAAGAACGGGGAGAAGAAGAGGGAGAGGAGUUGAAGGCGAUGGAUAAAGUGGAUCCAGGUUCACCGAAAACGGGAGUUCGAUUCCAUCCACUGGCUCUACUUCUUGAUGCUGCUUUAGAAGGUGACCUGGCAUUAGUCAAAAAGGCGGCUGGGGAAGUAUCGGACGUGUCGGAGGCGAAUGAUGAGGGUAUCACUGCGCUACACAACGCGGUGUGUGCGGGUCGGGUCGAGGUGGUGGAGUUUUUGGUGCGUGAGGCGGGCGCCGACGUGAAUGCUGGCGAUACGGACGGGUGGACGCCGCUGCAUUGCGCCGCCUCUUGUGGCAAUGUUCGCCUCGCCCGUCUCCUGGUGGAGCAUGGCGCUGCAUUGCACGCGCGUACCCUCUCCGAUCACGAGACGGCGCUGGAGAAGUGCGAUCAAGCCGACGCUGAUGCCGAGUGCGAACGCUAUCUCUCAGCCGAACUAGGACUGCUCGGUAGCGCAGACAGCGGUCGUGUAUUUGCCCUCUUCCCCCGGGGUCUGGAGGCUGCAGGUCCGGGUUCUCCAGAUGCCAAUAUCGAGCCCGACGAGUUGCCCAUCUGGCCGAAUGAGGAGUUGCGCAUUAUCAACCGCUCUCCCGUCGGUGAACCUGAUUGGAUGUUGGCGGAGAAGGUAGGAGGUGAUGGCGACACCCUGCCCCAACAGGGUCUUGUACCCCGCGCCUUUAUAUCGCGGUUCCGCAUCGUCCGAGUGCCUCCUGCUAGUCGACCAAUGCCAUUACCACCACCAGACAGUGUUGGUCGUUUUUCACGCAUCUUUCAGUCACCCAGUCCGAUCGAGGAAGAGGAAGAAGAUGGGCAGGAGGAUGGAAGAGUAUCCUAUAUGGAAAAUGAGUUGGGUGAAGAUGACGGAAGUCCACAGAUGGUAGAAAGAGCUGGUGAUGAGGAGGAGGAGGAGGAGGAGAUUUUGACAGUAGAAGUAAAUAACCACGACGCGAAUGAUGAAACCGAUAUGCCUCUGAAUGGCUCAAGCGAUAUAUCCUCAGAGGAGAAGGCCGUUCGAACAGCAAUGUGA